UAGUCUUCUUGCUCUCGGAGGUGGAGUUAGUUGCUGAGAAGUGAGCCGGAAUCUGUCAAUGAAGCAGUUGUAGUUUUAAACACACAGCAGGAAGCAGGUAGUGGAGAAGAAGUGAUUUUAAAGGAUGAGAUUCAGCUCCUGACCGGCCAUGUGAUCCAGGAGAAGCUGCCACUUAGUCCCUGGAUUUGAGGAGACCCAGCUUUCUGCUCUGUGACCGACAGCGAUGGGUCCCCAAGGUCCCACUCUGGCCUUGACUUUGCUUGUUGGGCUUCUUUGUUUGCUGACCUGCUCAUCUGAUGGUUCCCUGGUGAAAGUCAAUAAGGGCUUAAAGGUGAAACGAGGUCAGUCAGUCUACCUCCAGGAAGGUGACCUGCAGUUCCACAUUCCCGUCCAGAAGGAUGUGUGCAAGGUGGAGGUAGUGCCAAACGAGCCCAUAACUCAACGAGUGGGAAAACUUGUGCCUCAGGUGUUUGACUGCCAUUAUCUGUCUGAUGAAGUAAAGUAUGUCCACAAUGGCUGUCCGUUGUUAAAGGAAGAUACCGUCAAGCUUCGCCUAUACAGGUUCACAGAGACAGAGACACACAUGGAGGUGUUUACUCUCCAUGUGGACAUUAUAGCGCCUGAAUGCAACAUCAUUAAGAUGGGUCCAAAAUCCCUCCAGGUCUCUGAGUUCUACGGCCUCUCUGAUGCUAUUGAUGGUAACGUGGUCUCCUUUCACUAUGAAAGGAGAUCCAGUCUGGAAUGUAGCGUCCAGAUUAGCCCCCAGGAAUCCCACCUUCCAGCUCACGGCCGGCUGGUCACCGGAGACCCAGAGAGAGCCACCAAGAGAGGCGACGAGCCAGAAAGUUUCAUCCACUUACAGCAGCAGCUAGAUAAUAAAGCAAGAGCAAUGUGUAAAUCUGAACACUGCCUUAAGGGUCUGAAGCUAGUGACGUUCACUAAAGUCCCAUGUGAUGACUUCCUCCUGAUGGGAUUAAAGUACCAACACAUAGAUCCCCCGUCUCCAGAUAUAGACUACAUUGUAAUCAGACUUGACCUCAAGGACACCAGGAGCGGCAGCAUAUAUCAGUCUGAGCAGGCCUGGCUUCCGGUCCGGAUAGUUGGCGCAAUGCCCAACCAGCCUCCCAAACCAUCUUUCAUGUCCAUGUUUAUCUUGGAGGUAGACCAGUUCAUUCUCACGCCCCUCUCCACUGCCACAUUGGACGCUGAAGAUGAGGAAACUCCAAAACAGCUUCUGGUUUUUAACAUCACAAACCCCCCCAAGGAAGGCUUUAUCACCCACCUAUCUGAUCACACUCAUCCCAUCUCAUCCUUUACAUGGCUCGAUCUGAAUGACAUGCUCAUAGCAUAUCAACCUCCGAAUUCUUCACAUUCCCAACGAAGGAAUUAUGAGGUAGAAUUGGAGGUUUAUGAUUUCUUCUUUGAGAAGAGCUCAUCAAUAACUGUCCACACAUCUGUAAGGAAUGCAGAUACAAAUGCACCAAGAGUGUCCUGGAACAUGGGUCUUAGUCUGCUGGAGGGUCAGUCUCGUCCGAUAACGUGGGACCAAUUGCAAAUCGUGGAUAAUGACAAUCUGAAUGUAGUUCGAGUCAUCACUGUGGAUGGCCUCCUGCAUGGACAACUAACUGUAAGAGGUGGAAAGGGUUUCAUGUUCACCAUCAAUGACAUAAAAGCAGGAGUUGUCUGUUAUCACCAUGACGACAGCGACUCUACAAAGGACUUUGUCAUUUUUCGCAUCACCGAUGGCCGCCAUCAGACCCGACACAAGUUUCCCAUCAAAAUUCUCCCCAAAGAUGACAGCCCUCCGUUCCUUAUAACCAACAUGCUGGUGGAGGUCUUGGAAGGCCAGACCACCCUGCUCAGAGGCUCCACCCUCAAGGCUUCAGACAUGGACUCUAGUGAUGACUAUAUCCUCUUUAAUAUCACUCGCCUCCCGCAGGCAGGAGAGGUCAUGAAAAUCCCAGGACCAGGGCUGGCAGGGUACCCCGUGAGCCGCUUCCUUCAGAAGGACCUUUCCCAGUCCAUUGUGUACUACAGACACCUUGGGAACGAGGUUUUUGAUGACUCAUUUGAGGUUGUUCUGUCUGAUUUCCAUGAUCCCCCUAACCUUUCAGAACCUCAGGUGGUCGUGGUUCACAUAGCCUCUGUUCCAGACCAACCACCAAAGGAGGUUCCUGGUUCCAGGCGGUGUCUUGUGGUUAAAGAAACAGAAAUAGCCCACAUCACACGGCAACAGCUUCACUUUGUCGACCCAGAGUCGCCAGACAGCGAGCUCACUUACACAGUUACGACUCCACCUUUCUUCUCUGGUCACUACAGCGGUUCAGAUGCGGGAAGGUUAUUCUUGGUUGACAGCAUACCCAAAUUUACCAAAGAUUCUAAUGCACCAGUCCUCAGACUCUUCACACAACAUGCAGUGAACUUUAUGAAAGUAGCCUACAUGCCUCCAAUCAUGGACAUCGGCCCUCACCCUCAGUAUAUCCAGUUUAUUCUGUCUGUGACCAACCAUCUGGGAAAAACAAUCACUGGGAUCUGCUUUAAUAUCACUCUAAUGCCAGUGGACAAUCAGCCACCAAAGGUUAUCGCCAACCUUCUGACUGUAGAUGAGGGAGGGGAGUCCUUGCUGGGCCCAGAACACUUGCAGGUGUCAGAUGUUGACUCUCUGCCAGAGGCAUUGCGGGUCGAGCUCCAAAGGGGACCAGAGCAUGGCGUUCUGCACGUUGGUGGCCAUCCACUGACACCAGGCCAGAACUUUACACUACAGGACCUGAUCAGUCGGAGGGUUAGGUACAAUCACGACAGCUCAGAAACUACAGAAGACACCAUUGAGUUGAGAGCAACAGAUGGAACUAAUUCAGUCAGUUUCGCUCUGCCUGUAAAGGUCGUACCUAUCAACGAUGAGCUCCCGGUGAUGGUUACUGGUUUGAACCCAGUUCUCAGAUGUCCGGAAGGAGAACAAAUAGUAAUCACUUCAGAGUACAUCUUUGCCACUGAUGUGGACAGCGAUAACAGAAGCCUUGCCUUCCUGAUUGCCCGGCAGCCCUACCAUGGGGUGGUUCUGCGAAAUGGUGUUAUUGUAGAUCGCUUCAUCCAAGCAGACAUUACUGCAGGAAUCAUUGCGUACAGACACACAGGGCUGGAGAUUGGAUUAACUCCUCGACAUGACACUAUCACGUUUGUCAUCUCUGAUGGGGAAAAUGAGACACCGGCUUUGUGCUGCGGCAGGGAAACUCCCACCAGAGGCAGAGGAAAGACUCCUCAGACACGGGACAGCUUGCCUGUCUACGACCUCCAUAUCACAGUGUUUCCUGUUGACAGUCAGCCACCCUCACUGGAAACAGGUGAGAUCUUUAAGGUGGAUGAAGGUGGGACGGCCCAGAUAACUGCUGCCCAUUUAAGGGCCUCUGACAUGGAUUCAGUCCUAGACCAGCUUGUUGUUAGUUUGAUCUCUCCUCCCCAGUUUGGCUACAUAGAAAAUGUCCUCCCCAGCCCUGGCUUUGAGAAAAGCAACACAGGCAUAAGCAUAGCUUCUUUUCUAUACAAGGACAUCACCAAGGGUUAUAUUAACUAUGUACAGUCCAGACACCAGGGGAUUGAACCCACUGCUGACCAGUUCAUGCUUUGUGUCUCGGACGGAAAGCGCAACUCUGCUAACAUCCCUUUCUACAUUAUAAUUAACCCAACAAAUGAUGAAAUUCCUGAAUUUAUGGUACAAAACAUCACGGUACAAGAAGGAGAAAUGAAACACCUGGACACAUCUGUGUUUCAUGCGAUGGACCUAGACAUCCCCAAGAAUACCCUGAUCUUCUCUGUGGUCAGACCUCCCCAGCAUGGAAGCAUCAUCCAUCACAGCAAUGGAAACCCAAUCAUGAAGAGACAGGAGCCUGACCUAUGGCCUUCUGUGGCUGCCUUUACUAUGAAAGAUGUCAAAAAGGGUUUGGAUCUGAUGUAUCUCCAUGAUGACAGUGAAAACAUGAUGGACAGUUUUAUCGUUCAGUUGACUGAUGGCAAACAUCAGCUAGAGAGACGGGUGAUGGUGGAAGUUCUACCAGUGAAUGACGAAGAACCUCAUCUUAUCAGGAACAAUGGGCUUGAGGUGAAACCGGGAGAAGCUAGGGUUAUAUCCAGUGUUACAUUAUUUGCUGAGGACAAAGAUACCCCCUCUACAGAAAUCAUGUACAUUUUUGAGAGCGUUCCAACACAAGGAAUACUCCAAUUACAGGAAGGCCAUAAUUGGGUGACACUUACAGCUGGGAGAAGGUGUACCCAGGACAUGGUUGACAUGAACCUUUUGCGUUAUAUACACACUGGCCAUCAUGCCACUAAAACACAGGACUUCUUUGUUUUCCACUUGAUGGAUGGAAAGAAUCAGUCACCACCACAGCACUUCCAGAUUUCUGUCAGAGAUCUGGAAAAAGGAAACAUUGCCAUCUUUGUGAAGCCGGUAAAUGUCAGCCGAGGAGACCGUGUGGUUCUUACCACCGAUGUGCUGCUGGCCACAGAUGACACAGACAAGCCAGAGGAGCUUCUGUACGUUAUCACCAGCCCACCUGCUCACGGACACAUAGAGUACAUCAAACAUCCAGGGGUGAUUAUAUCCACCUUCAGCCAAAUGGACAUAGCAGCAAACCUUGUUGCUUACGUCCACGACAACCGAGGAGAAAAGGCAACAGAAAAGUUUCAGUUUGUUGUAAGCAAUGGUAAGACUAGUCGACACGGAAGCUUAGAGCUGCAUGUGGAAAUGGUGGAUCGUGUUCUGCCAUCGCUGACGUCCAACAAAGGCCUCCAGGUCCCUCAGGGUUCCACCAUGAUCCUUGGCCCAGAAUGUCUCUCUCUGUCGGAUCCUGACACUCCACCUGGAGCCCUGACCUUUUCUCUCCACCAGCCUCCGCAGUAUGGGACUCUUCUUUUAGCUGGUGUUGCACUGACUGCUGGCUCAAACUUUUCAAUGAAACACAUCAAGGAGCUGGAGGUGACGUACAGACAUGACGGGGGACCAUCUCAGAUCGACCGGUUUGCCUUCACGGCCUCUGACACGUCCAGACAAGGUUUUCUGUUAGAUGGAAAGCUGCAAACGGAGCCGGUGUUUUUCACCAUUCAGAUCAAGCCUUUGGAUAAAUCUUCUCCAGAAGUAAUGAAGCUACUCCCACUUUGGAAAGCAGAGCUUUUACCCGAUGGCAGAUAUGGGAUUUUCCUGACAUCUCGAGAGCUUAAGGCGCAGGACAGAGACAGCAGAGAAGAAGAGCUCAUAUUUUGCAUUGUUCGUUCACCUUAUUUUGGCUACCUUGAAAACAUUACCACAGGAGUAACAAAGCGGACUUGGCAGACUGAGAUCGUUGAGGACCACAUUGAGGAGGCAGAUGAACAUUUCGAGGUGCUGCUUGUUUCUCCUGAGGCUACGGUCAUUGGUAGCAUCAGCAAGGCUAAACUUACAAUCAGAGACCAGGGAAAAGGAGAGUGCAGACCAAAGCAGGACCAACAAGCUCCUCUUCUGGGAGGAAAAGAGAUUCAACCCGACGCGUAUCCCCAGCAUGGGUCCAUCCGUUUGGAGAAACUUCCCCUCGGUAAAGAAUCGGUUAUAUGGGCCAGAGGAGACAGCAUCUCUACCCAAGGAGAAGAUCUCCCGAGGAAGAAACUCAGAGUUGUCAGCAAUCCCAAAUCUAUUUCCCCUUCAACAGUGUUCCACAAUGGGACAGAUGUAGUUUACACAUAUCAUGGAAUCAUGCAAAUGCGAGUAGAGGAUGAUGCAUCAUCUAGGAUGAGCAGGAGGGCAAACAUCCGAGUGGUUAGCAGGGGUUCACAGCCACAGCGACCUGGACUUACUACUGACGCCGACUCUCCAAGAGAGGGAAGGAUUCAAGUUAAGAAGGGACAAGCUCGAGGAAAUCUGGUUGGUGCCAGGAUGUGUCCUCAGGGAUGGACUUUUCAAGGAGGACGUUGUUUUAUUCUCAGCACUGAGCACAAGCUGACAUGGAAUGCAGCAAACAGGGCCUGCAGAGAAAGGUUUAAAGGAAAUCUUGCAAGCGUUUUGUCUAAAGCUGACAUGAACUGGUUGUGGGACUUCAGUGGAAGAAAGCCUUUCUGGAUAGGUCUGAGCAACGGAAAGGGUGGAGGACUGUGGGAGUGGGCGGGCGGCGAACCCGUCAGCUACACGAACUGGAAAAAGGCGCCUCCCCGCUCCAGAAUGAAAGGCAACCGGAAGUGUGUGCUGGUGUGGAGAAGAGCCAAGUGGCAAAUCAGAGAUUGCAAGAGCGGCAAAGGCCAUCGCUUUGUUUGCUCAGUGAAACUCUAAGAACGAGGUUUGGAGGCGUUGCAGGGAUGCAUGACGAAGGACGGAUGCUCAGGACAAGACUACUCGCUAAAAACCACUGGGAUAAAAAAACAAAAAACUUUAUAUUUAAUUGUGAAAAUGCCACACAGAGCAACUUUAUUACACUUUAUUACACACUGAAAGUAUUUUUUAAAAAGUAUUUUUUACACGAGUGGCAACCUAGUGGUUAAAAACUUGGAUUCCUGAGGUUUUGAUUCUAGCCCCACUCCCACAGACUGCCGCUCUGCUCCCCGGGCGCCGUACAAUGGCAGCCUACUGCUCCCCAAGGGGAUGGGUUAAAUGCAGAGGUAAAUUUCUCCAUUGUGAGAUCAAUAAAGUUCAAUUAUUAUUAUAUUUUUUAUUAUGUAUUAGUUAAUUUUUAUUGGAGUGAAAACAGUCAAAUCUGUACAGAACUUGAAUGGAAAAUAGAGAAGAGAUGACAGACCGUAUGAUCUGUAAACAUUCUUAUAUUUAGAAACACUACUUGUUUUUGGGGAUUACAAUGUCAUCAUUUGGACUGUGCAUUUAAGAAGAAUAUGGAAGAAGGUAAAGAAGAAGCUUCUGCUGCUAAAAGCCUCACUGCCAGUUACUGUUUAUUUAACCAUCUGUAUUAAUAUUGGUGCAAGAAAAGAGGUGUAUUCUAAAAGACAUCACUACUGAGUGGGAAAUGUAAUGAUACUCAGCAAACAAUUCAGCUCACUAACUGUUCAGGGCACGUUUUUAUGAUGCGUAAAUAAAAAUAAUUUUGUUAUAUUAUAAUCUCUGGGAGAAUCAUUAGAAUUCAAUCUUUUUUUUAAUUAAAAUUUAAUCCUGUGUAAAUAUAUGUUAUAUAUAUGUUUUACUUUGAAUUCACUAACACAGAAUUAG